AUGAGGUUUGAGGCUCCUCCGGUUGAGGCCCCAGUGCAAAACCCGAAGACCCGAUUGCAGCCAGAAUCUGCGGAUGAAGGGCCUGUUCUCUCGAAACAGGAUGAUGUGGCUGCACAACCAAAAUCAUAUUCUCCGAAAGGAUCCGGCCAUUCAGGUUCAACCAACCCAUCUACUCACUGGAGCACAUUCUCAGAACGCCCGAAAUUCGAGAAGGCUCUCGCACGAGUCAUCAGUCUUCUUCCGGGUGAGAUGGAGGGCAGAGACUUGCUACGCGCUGUUGAAGGUACUGGGAAGGAGAAACUACGAGAAAUGGGUCUGCGGGUUCGCGAAUAUAAAAAGUUCUUUGAGGCUUGGGAAGAGCUUCACCUCACGUUCGAUGAGGAAGGUGGCAGCUAUGUGCGAGACGACGUUAUCCAAUAUCUGCGACACCAUCAGCACCAGCCCUCGGCCGACGACAUUGGCGAGUCCUCUCUAGCUCAGACCAUCCACUCCUACGAGGCGUACCGAUACUUUUUGGUCAAGUUCGGCCAACUCCUCUUCCCGUGGACAGCGCCUUACUUCCCUGAUCAUAUGACUCUCCACUCCCAUUUUAAAAAGGGGGGUAGGGGUAUCGUCCUGACAGCAGGCGAUGAUCAGGCUCCUUUCCUGCUCACGAUCAUCCCCACCUUUCGAAAACUGGGGUGCACACUGCCGAUCGAGAUCAUGUACUUGGGUGACUCGGAUCUCUCUGAGGACUACCGUUCUGACCUGGAAAGCCUGGAUGGCGUGCUUACUCGGGACAUUGCCCAGAUGGUCAACGACGAAGGCUGGAAAUUGGCCGGCUGGGCCGCAAAGCCAUUUGCAAUCCUGUAUUCUAGCUUCCGCGAAGUCAUCUUUAUUGAUGCUGACAGUCUGUUUUUCGUCAACCCGGAAACCUUGUUCGAGGAUCCUGCGUACCAGAAAGCUGGUGCCCUUUUCUUCAGGGAUCGUCUAAUUAUGCCUGAAUCGAAGAAGCGGUGGUUGCAGCAGAUUUUGCCCAAACCGAUCUCGAGACAGGUGAAGCAGAGCCGGUUUUGGACGGGCGAUAGCGGUCACAUGCAGGAAUCGGGUGUGAUUGUGGUAGAUAAAUGGCGCCACUUUAUCGCUCUUCUCCUGGUUACGAGAAUGAAUGGACCUGAUCGAGACGGCAAUAAAGACGAAGGCAGAGUCGGCAUUUACGACAUGGUCUACGGUGACAAAGAGACCUUCUGGCUUGGUUGGGAGCUUGUGGGAGAUCAAGACUAUGCCUUCCAUCAAGGUGACGCUGGCACAAUGGGCGUCGUUCAGGACCCGAAAGAGGAAGAAAGGAAACCGAGAAUGGUGAAAAAGAAGAGGCCGGUCAUGGACGAAAAUGGUCAGCCCAAAUUGGACGAGAAUGGGCAAGAGAUUACGGAAGAAUACGAGGUUGCUGAAGAGCCCGAAGAGCACGAACCCGAGGAACGACCGGAGCCCUCGAACUACACUAUCUGCUCUCCGCAGCUUCUUCAUUUGGACUUGAAUGGCAAACCACUUUGGUUCAACGGCUGGCUUCUGGACAACAAGUUCGCCGACAAGAAACAGAAGAAGUUUGGCAAAUUCGAACACUACCUGAUUGAACCCAGGGAUAUCCGAGAGCCGGGCGCUUGGCAACUCGAGGAAAGCAAUAUGUGCUGUCUGACCACGGACGCAGAUCUAAAACGAGAUUUUUCACCAGAAGAGAAGGAUAUAUUGAACAUGAUGAUCAAUCAAGCCAAGGAGGUCGGUGUCACGGCAGGAUGA